AUGUACUUGAUGACUGAAGAAGAUUACGAAGGCGAGUCGGAGAGCAAAAUUGGCAAUGAAAAGAAGAAGCGGAAGAAGUUGGAAGCUGAAAUUCCAGUUCACUCAAGUAAGAAGCCGAGUGAUACAGUUACAAAGGAAAAUGCUGAAACAUCUGAGUCCAAUAUAACAACAAUGGUCGUGUCGUUCGAUGUCAGAAUUGCAGGAAGAACCGUUAUUUGUUCUAAGUAUAUUCUUCGGAGGCUUCUCCCACACAUGAAGGAAAUAUAUGAUGAACAAAUUGCUGAGAAGGAGAUCGAGGCAAAGAUUUUAGGACUGGAGUUUGGAGAACGACAUUUGCAAGAAAUCUUUGAUUUUCAUAGGAGUUGCUCUGGUUGUUCUUUUGAUAUAUGCCUUACAUGUUGCCUCAAGAUCCGCAGUGGAAAGCUGCAAGCAUGUCAGGAAAACGUAUCUUGGAGUUAUAUGAACCGAGGUUUAGAGUAUGCACAUGGAGGAACAUCAAAAUUUGUUGAAACGGCGAAUAAUAAGCUAAAUAGAGAGGACCGUGUGAAGCUCUCAUCCAUGUGGAAAGCAAAGGAAAAUGGAAGCAUUUCUUGUUAUUGUGGUGCUGGUGAUAUGAAGUUAAAACGCAUACUUCGUAGUGAUUGGGUAUCUGAUAUACUCAAAAAGGUAGGAAAAACUGCUGAAGCCACCAAGCUUUUGGAUUUACCAGAAACUGUUAUGGGGCAAUGCCCUUGUUUUAACUCCGAAGGUCAUAUUGACAUGGCCAACUAUAAGUUCAAGACUGCUUGUCGAGAUGCUUCAGAAGACAAUUAUCUCUACUGUCCAAGUGUAAGUGAUGUUCGACAAUAUGAUUUGAAGCAUUUUCAGCAUCAUUGGGUAAAAGGUGAGCCUGUGGUUGUGAGGAAUGUGCUAGAAGCUACUCCUGGUUUAAGCUGGGAACCAAUGGUAAUGUAUCGUGCAUGCCGUCAGAGAAGCCACACCAAGCAUGAAACACUUGUGGUUGAUUGUCUUGACUUCUGUGAGGUCAGAUCUUACUCAUUAGAUUCUAUGUUUAUAUUCAUACGGUCCGUGUCCUUUCUUAUAUAA